AUGGCUGGCACAGAUACAAACAGAGACUCGAAGGAAGCUUCCAACCUCAUCACUACACCUUCUGGCGAUGCCAUCCCACCGUUCACGCCGCAUUCAGUGACAUUCCACAUACACUCAUGGGCGACGUUAAUCUACCUGGUCGAGAAUCCUGAGAAGGGCAUGGCAGCACUCAGGAGUACCUAUCCACGUUUCGGCCCUUGGGCACUGGUGAAGGAGCUUACUGGUGCCGUGGCGUCGGAUUACAUAGAGAAAGACCAGGGAUGUCUACUCUUCGGGAGCAAAGACUCUGCGCUCGCCUGUCGGGACUUUGUCAUGUCGGAGAAACGAGGGGACAAGAAGAUGCAGAGUGAAGAAGUGCAUGUGAAGGCCUUCGACUUCCGCAUCAGGCUCUGGGCUGUGGUAUUUCCCGCGAAGAAGACCGAGGCUGCCAUCCCAUUCUGGCAGGACGCUGGAACUGGUAUCUCCUCCAGGAUCGCGAAGGAGUGUUUGGAUCGUUGUCACCUCUUGAAGCCUGUGGACGACUUGACAGAUGGGAAAGACCGACUUUCGACAGACAGUUCGGCCUUCGAGAUUGUGAAGUCACGCAUAGCGGAAAAUCUGAACCGAUCGCCUAUUUCUGCACGCCCUCGAAGCGUGGCAUCGACGGAUGUCUUUCUCUAUCCAACGGGGAUGGCCGCCAUAUACCAGCUCCAAAGGUAUCUCAACAACUCUGGGGUUCGCCCUGGCACGACGAUCCUUUUUGGCUUUGUGUUCCACUCCACGCCGCACGUGUACAAACAAUGGAGCUCCGCCUUCAAAUGGUUCGGCAGAGGGAACGAGGAUCUCGACAACCUGGAGGCAUUUUGUGCCAGUGAACAAAAAGCAGGACGCCCGAUCCAGGCACUCUGGACCGAGUACCCGUCGAAUCCGAACCUGCGAGUACAUGAUCUCACACGACUCAAGGCUCUGGCUGAUGAACAUGGCAUCUUACUCAUCAUAGAUGAGACGAUAUCAUCAUUCUGCAACGUGGAUCUGGUCGACGUCGCCGACGUCCUCAUCACCAGCUUGACGAAGAGUUUCUCAGGCUAUGCGGACGUGAUGGGAGGCUCGAUCGUUCUGAAUCCCAAUUCAAAGCACCACGACUCGCUGAGUGAGAUUUGUCGAAAAGGCUUCAUAAACGAAUACUUCACCGGCGACGUCGAAGCUCUGGAACAGAACUCUCGAGACUACCUCGAACGAUCCCGAAGACUGAACGCGAACGCCUACGCAAUAGCCACCUACCUCGACUCCUUCGUCAAAGACCCAAACUCCCCCAUCUCCAAAAUCGCCUACCCUUCUAUCGGCCCCGACGCCCAGCACUACAAAGCCUUCAUGCGUCCUUCGACCCCUGACUUCACCCCAGGCUACGGCUGCCUCCUCAGCAUCGAAUUGGAAUCUAUCGAUACUGCCAUAGCCUUCUACGACAACCUCCACGUCCACCAAGGUCCCCAUCUCGGCGCCCACAGGACACCGGCGAUGCCGUACGUGAGGGCGCUGCAUUACAAGGAGAUGGACUGGGUUAAGGAGUGUGGCAUGAGUGACCGGAUGGUGAGGGUUUCGGCGGGGUUGGAGGGGACGGAGAAUUUGUUGGGGGUGUUUGAGGUGGCGGUUGAGAAGGCGAGGGAGGCGAAGGCAGCUGGUGAGAAGGGUGAUCAGGCUGUGGAGGAGGCUGGGCAUGUCAGGCCGAAUUUGGUGUCCGGAUGA